UUGCAGAAACAGUUAUCUUGGAUCUACCAGUGGACAUUACGGAAGCUCCCACCUGGGCGGCCCUCCUCUAAGCCCUCGGUGGGGACCACCGCCACGGCUGCUGACAUUGACUGGACAUCCUCACUGGGGGUAGCAUCCACUGUUGGGGCUGGAGAUGACCUCAAAACCUCACUGGUUGCGGUUCUGAAACUGGAACAGGAACUGGACUUCCUUAAUCUCAACGGUCUCAUCGGUGAUGACUAUACCAAUGAAGUCGAAGAAAAUGCCGAGGAAGAAGAAGAAAUUAUCGAAAGCAGCGACUUCUAUAAGGAGACCUUGCAGGAGCGCCCUGAACGUCCUUUCGAGGCGGAGGUUUUAGCACCUUGUAAAGUUUGUAACGCCACUGGUCAAGCGCUCUGUUGGCACAAAGUCAAUGAUGGCUUUCACUUCUUCUUUCAGGUAAGCUACCCUGCGUUUGUUGUUGUUGUUGUUUUUGCUAAUUUCCGCUUUCUUGAGACGAGAAUUAUCGUAUGA